UGCAAAACAUACCUCGGAAGCUUGGAGAGGGUGACAGACAUUCCAGUGAGUGCUCACGGAUUUCAUUUAGUUGGCUAGAUUUCUGCCUUCAAGUUAAAGUCAACGCUUUUAAAAGAUUUACAAACACACAGAAACAAAGUCGGCAUGGCUCUUGCAAACGUCAAAUCUCGUCUAGCUAAGUUCCAAGAGGAUAUCGAUGAAGCAGAUAACAGAACCGUCACUGCCAAACAUGAAAUCCGCGAAGCCCAGACUAGGCUAGAGAAAACUGAAGGAGAGUUGGGCACACAUCAACGACGAAUCAAGCUGCUAGAAGCUGAAUUGCAGGCCAUUACCGAAAGGUACGAAGAUGUUGCUUCAAAGCUUGACAAGGUUGUGACCGAUUCCGAAGGAAUAGAAACCAAGCGCAGGGAACUCGAAGAGAAUGAGAUGGAAGGGGACGAGCGUCUUCAAGACACAGAAGAAAAGGUUAAAGAAGCUAGACACCUUCUUGAAGAGAAUGAGGUAAAACUUGUGGAAGUCAAUAGGAAGGUUGUAGUUAUGAACCACGACAUUGAGAGAGUCCAAGAGAAGGCUUCAAGUCACGAGGAAAGGGUGAAUGUGCUGGAGCAAACUAUCAAGUCAACUACCGAGUAUCUUUGCAGCCUUGAGGAGCGGGAACUUGAAUCUUCUGACAAAGAGGCUUUGAAUGAAGAAAAGAUUGCAUUCUUAGAGGGUCAAAUGAAGGAAGCUGAAGUUCGUCUUGAGGCUGCUGAUAGGCAAGUGCAAAACUUGGAAAGAGUCAUUAUGGAAACUGAAAAUGAGAGAAGCGCCUGGAUAACAAAGAGGCAAAAUAUUGAAAAGGAAAUUGCAGACAUCGAAGGAAUGGAUGAUUUAGCUGGGUGAACUCUUGAAAAAAACAUCAUCAAAACCAUGUCAUCUUGUUUGUAGCCCUAAAUGAACUUAAUUUUUAUUACUAGUUAAAUGUUACUUGAGUUCUACUGAAUCAUUCUUAGAUGGAAUCCCAUUGAAAGCUGACUUUUGUUUGCAAAUCAUUUUCCCUAAUGUCCUGAAAAACAAAUAUAGUAUUAAACAGAGUGGGUUAAUUUUGAGUAAUUUUAAUUCUUGAACAGUAGCAUCCAUGUAAAUAGGUUUUUUUAUUGCUUUACUCACUACAGUGGCCUGUGUUCCCAGGCCCUUUCAGGUUUUCUUAUUCUGUUUUUUCGAACUUGCAAAUUUAUUUUCUGAACAGCUUGUUGAAGUAUCAAUGUUGUAGAGCUUUUUAUGCAAUAAUAAAGAUAGCAAGGAAGUCCUUAUAAAAACUAGGUUGUAAAGGGCAAUUUUGAUUAGAGGUAGAAUGAUGAGCAAGUUCAGCUGGAACUCAAUAACAUUUUACUUGUAACUUCUUCUUGACUUUUAUUGGACAGUCUAUUUUUGUAUUUAACUUUUGACUCUAUUUUACAAAUAUGAGAACCAUUUGCUGCUCAAAUUUGCAUCAUCAUUUCUGUUAAAUCUACUUUGACAAGCACUGAUUAUAGUAUUGCAAAUUGCUAUUGCACAUCAUAUCUUACCUAAUUGUGUAAUCUUGCAUAAUUUUACAAUCGUUGUUAGCAACACAUUUUGAUUAAACAUAUUUAGAAUUCCUUUUUAAAUUUUCUACAGACUGCA